CCAUCGAUUGGAACUGUCAUCCGUGUUCUGUGUGUGUCGGUCUUUUGCAUUUUUUUCUUUUCAAAAUUAAUCUCUCCGAUUGAAAAAGGUUUAAUAAAAUCGUACUUAAUUCCACUAUGGCGAUGCUCCAGCGUAUUCCAUCAAAUCAAUUGAAUGCUAUCAUUCGCUUGAAAGAAACCGGUUUCGCUCGUUGUCUAUCGUUGAGCAGCAGCAAAAUGGCUUCCGAAGAAGUUCGUAUUGAAAGUGACACGUUUGGUGAAUUGAAGGUUCCAGCCAGCAAGUACUAUGGUGCCCAGACAAUGAGAUCGAAAAUUAAUUUCCCAGUCGGUGGAGACACGGAGCGAAUGCCGAAACCGGUCAUCACAGCCAUGGGAAUAUUGAAAAAAUCCGCCGCCCUGGUCAACAAAGACUACGGAUUGGAUCCGAAAGUGGCCGAUGCCAUUUCACUAGCCUGUGACGACGUAAUAUCGGGCAAAUUGUACGACGAUCAUUUCCCCUUGGUCAUCUGGCAAACCGGAUCCGGUACACAGACGAACAUGAAUUGCAACGAAGUGAUCAGCAAUCGGGCCAUUGAGAUCCUGGGCGGACAGUUGGGCUCCAAGACGCCUGUACAUCCGAACGACCAUGUCAACAAAUCGCAGAGUUCCAACGACACAUUUCCAACGGCUACACACAUUUCGGUGGCCAUUGAAUUGGUGCAGAAUUUGAAGCCGGCCUUGAAGAUACUGCAUGAUGCGCUGGAAGCCAAAUCGAAUGAAUUCUCAUCGAUAAUCAAAAUUGGUCGUACGCAUACGAUGGACGCUGUACCGUUAACUUUGGGACAGGAGUUCAGCGGCUAUGUUCAGCAAAUGAAGUACGCAAUGGAUCGAGUUGAUUCCGUGCUACCGCGAGUCUACGAAUUGGCUAUUGGUGGAACAGCCGUCGGAACUGGUCUCAACACUAAGAUCGGAUUCGCCGAAAAAAUGGCCGCAAAAAUUGCCGAACUAUCUGGUCUACCGUUCACAUCAGCUCCAAACAAAUUCGAAGCAUUGGCUGCACGUGAUGCCAUGGUUGAAGUGUCCGGUUGCUUGAACACCAUCGCUGUAAGUCUGAUGAAAAUUGGCAACGACAUUCGAUUCCUCGGCUCCGGACCUCGGUGUGGUCUUGGCGAAUUGAGUCUGCCGGAAAAUGAACCAGGCAGUUCGAUCAUGCCGGGCAAAGUGAAUCCAACACAAUGCGAAUCGUUGACAAUGCUUGCCGCACAAGUUAUGGGUAAUCAUGUGGCAGUUACAAUCGGUGGAUCGAAUGGCCAUUUCGAGUUGAAUGUAUUCAAGCCACUGAUUGUGUCGAACGUACUCCGGUCGAUCCGUUUACUCGCUGACGGAUCCCGUAAUUUCACCUCCAACUGUGUCAGUGGAAUCGUAGCCAAUAAGGACAACAUCGCGAGGAUCAUGAACGAAUCGUUGAUGUUGGUGACGGCCUUGAAUCCACACAUUGGCUACGACAAGGCGGCCAAGAUUGCCAAAACUGCGCACAAAGAGGGAACUACAUUGAAAGAAUCUGCAAUCAAACUCGGCUAUCUGACGGAGGAACAAUUUAGAGAAUGGGUUCGACCAGAGGAUAUGUUGGGACCCAAGUAAACGAAAGAGUGGAACUCUGAAAUUAAUUUUUUUGUGGCUCGUUUACCUAUUCACUCACAGUGUAAUUUCGUGCGGUCUAUGCCAUUGAUGGAUAGUCAUGGAUGCCGUUCUAUCAAUAAAUUAUUUGUUUAACA